AUGGUAAAAGCUACUCAGCAUAACCACUAUAAGGAGCUUGAUAAGUUGACCCGGCUAGAUCCUGUGGUGGACCAAGAUGGCCUUAUUAGGGUAGGGGGAAGACUAAAGAGGUCAAUCAGUCUUCCUGAAAGCAUUAAAUGCCCAGUAGUGAUCCCUAGCAAAUCUGAACUAACACGUUUAAUAGUAACUCAUUAUCACCAAGUGACGCACCAUCAAGGUAGAUGUAUCACAUUAAAUGCCAUUAGAGCUGGUGGUUUUCACAUAAUUGGUGGAGUGUCAUCCGUAGCCAGAUUUAUCCAUAACUGUGUACUGUGCCGUAGAUUAAGAAGGAAGCCAGAGACACAGAGAAUGGCAGACCUACUGCCCGAUCGACUAGAACCUGCACCAGCCUUUACAUAUUGUGGUGUAGACCUGUUUGGACCUUUCGAAGUGAAGAAUGGCAGGAAGUUGGAGAAAAGCUACGGUGUACUAUUUACUUGCCUUGUUUCACUUAGUGUCCACAUAGAAGUUGCCAGUUCGCUGUCCACUGACUCGUUUCUCAACGCCUUUCGAAGACUUGUAGCUAAACGAGGUGCAGUUAAACAAUUAAGAUCGGAUCAGGUACCAACUUUAUCGGUGCUUCAAGAGAACUACGUGAAGCAAUGA